AUGGGAAUUGCUUGUGUGUAGAUUAUGGGCACAGGACUCAUCCCCCGCAGCGGGAGCCCCUGGCCCCGCAGGCUCCCGAGCAAUCUCGGGGCUGGGUGAGCGGGGAUUAGCGGGGGCACGGGUGGGUGUGCACCCGUCACCGCCUCGUCUGCUGCCGGUCCUUUGACCCUCGAGUGAGUUUUUCCAGUUAAUCCUCUUGUGUCUCCUCUGUGCUGGUUUCUUGCACCUCCAGCCCCACUGUGGGGGUGGCUCUGGGUGCCCACGGCCUGAGAUCCCUCCCAUGGCUUGGCCUUGUGGGUACUGCCCCCACUGGCACCUGCAUAAUGGAGGGUCUUUCGGCCAGACCCAGGCUGUGCUGGGGCUCAGUGGCUCUUUCCUCCUCCCCAUCGCCCUGAUGAGGCAGCACCUGCCGUCCCCACACACCGCCACUGCCUUCCACAAGAACCCCUGGGUGCAGCACAGGAAGGUCUUUCCACCCCGGUGGCUGUGGCUUCCCCUCCUAAUGCCUUAAUCCGCCCCUGAUCCACGGUGCCCCUGGGGCCGGUCCCGCCGACCUUGCAGAUGCAGGGACCCGGUGGGCAUCGUGGGGCACAGGCUGCCACCGCCACCCACCAUGGCCUCCUUCUUCACCACCGCCCUGAGGAGCUUCCAGGGGGGCAAGGAGGAGCCGCCCAAGGGGCCCCCGAGGGAUGACAAGGCAGCCACGCUGCCCAACGGGAUGGCCCGCGAGGAGUUUGAGGAGUACCAGCGGCAGCUGCUGGAGGAGAAGAUCGAGCGGGACAAGGCGUUUGUGCAGAGGAAGGCAGAGCGGGCCACUGUGCGGAUGCACCUGCGGGACAAGUACCACCUGACCCAGGACGAGCGGGACGAAGCGCAGAUGCACGUGGCCGGCGGGGCGGUGGAGCUGCCGCAGGAACUGGCCGCGAUGGUGCGCGGAGAGGAGGAAGAGGAGGAGGAGGAAGGCGGCGCCGGGGCCUUCGCCUUCCUGGCGAAGCUGCGGGAGGUGGAACUGCCGGCGCUGCGGGACCGAGCGCUGGGCGGCGUGGAUCAGGUGAAGGAGAAGUGCUCCCUGAUGUAGCAUCGCUGCCCACCCCGCGCUGGGUGACAGGGGCAGCCCCCGCUCCCCUCUGCUCCCCGGGAGCCACGGGGUGCGCAGGCUGUGGCUGCUGUUUCCCGGUCCCAGGACAGAUGCUGGGCGUGGGUUUUUCCUCCCGAAAACUAUUCCCAGUUGCUUUCCCAGUGCGCUGGGCGGGUGCUGGGGUGCAGGAUGCCCAGGUCCCCUGAAACCAUGCUGACCAAGCCCCUGCCGUGGUGCCCCUGGUGUGAGCCCCCGGACGGGGCAGGUCCCUGACGCUCUGUCACCCCAGCACCAGCCCUGGUGCCUCGCACACCGUUCGGCU